AUGCAGCACUGGCCAGCAAUGACGCGGUGGCAAAAGCCGGCGUACCUGAAGCAGGUGGCGGGAUUGCGCACAGUCCCUGUCGAGCUGGGAGACCAUUACCUCCAGGACGGCUGGGGCCAGUGCCUCAUGCCGCUCCGGGACUUUAUCGUGCAGCACAUCCUGGGCAAGGAUGCCUCUCUCGGCAAGGAGGUGGCUGAUAAGCGGAGAGGGUAUCUGGCGCAGCACCCCCUUUUUGAGCAGAUUCCCGAGCUGGCGAGGGACAUAAUGGAGCCCGAGUACUGCAGCCUGGGGGAGGGAGACAUGCAAAGCGUGAACGCGUGGUUCGGACCUGCCGGCACGGUGACGCCGCUGCACUAUGAUCCCCACCACAAUCUGCUGGCCCAGGUUGUGGGCACCAAGUAUGUGCGCCUGUAUCCGCCAUCUGCGACUCCCCGGCUGUACCCCUUUGAGGAGGGGUUGACGACAAACUCAAGCCAGGUUGAUCUGGAUGCGCCUGACCUUGCCAGGUUCCCAGACUCUGAGGGGCUUCCUUUCCUGGACACCAUCCUGUCGGAGGGCGAGAUGCUCUACAUACCUCCCAAAUGGUGGCACUAUGUGCGCUCUGUCAACAUCAGCUUCUCUGUGAGCUUCUGGUGGAAGUAG